AUGCAAGAUUCUGAAAACAUUACUGGAACCUUCAUUGAAGACGUCGUAGUCAAUUUACCCAAACCAAAGCAUACGGCCAUGCUAUCCACCGAUGCGAAGCAUAAUCGUUUAAAGACGUCGGAAAAAGAGGAAAAUUUCCCUGAGCUGCUUAACACUGCUAGAGAUAAGCAAAAUGUCACCACCGAACAUCAACUUGGAGAAAAAAGCAUUAAUGAAAACGAGACACUUGCGGGCAUUGAUGGGAAACAAGAAGCAAAAAAAUUGGUUCAACGUGAUGCGUCUGCCAAUAACGAAAGCAGGAAUGCAAUGACAGUUCAGAACACAGCUCCUUACAACUGUAUUAUUGAAAACGGUGCUCAUGUAAAGGAUGCCAGUCGGAGGACAGUACUGUACAGUGCCGUUAAAAAAGGGCAAACUGAUGUUAUUAAAUAUUUAGUUGAGCAUGGAGCUGAUGUAAAUGGAAAGGAUAAUGACGGGAGGACAGCUCUACACUUCGCGGUGGAAAAUAGUGAAACUAACACCGUAAAAUGUUUAGUCGAACUUGGUGCAGAUGCAAAUAGCAAGGAUAACGUCGGGUGGCCAGUUCUUCACUCUGCAGUCGCUCAUCGUGAACCGGAGAUUGUUAAAUAUUUAAUCGAACAUGGUGCUGAUGUUAAUUGCAAGGAUAAUGACGGAUGGACAGUUCUGCACUAUGCUGUUAGAAAAGGUGUGCCUGGCAAUGUUAAACAUUUACUCGAACAUGGUGCUGAUGUAAGUGGAGAGGAUAAUAAAGAGUGCACAAUUUUGCACUAUGCUGUUGAAGGAGGUGAAAUUGAUAUUGUAAAAUCUUUAGUUGAACAUGGUACUGAUGUAAAUGCCAAAAAUGCUAGUGGGAAGACAAUUCUGUACAGCGCUGUUGAAAAAGGGGAACCUCAUAUUAUCGAUUAUUUAGUCAUGCAUGGAGCUGAUGUGAAUGGAAAGAAUAAUGAUGGGCGGACAGCUUUACACUAUGCUUUUGAAAAGAGUGAACCUAAUAUUGUUAAAUAUUUAGUUGAACAUGGUGCGGAUAUAUUUAUUGAACACGGCGCUGAUGUAAAUAGCAAAACUAUUCUGGGGUGGAAUGUUUUGCGCUUCGCUGUUAAAAAAGGAAACCUGAUAUUAUAA